AUGGCGCCGAAUUCGCCCGUGGCCAGCCUCUCCCUCGGACCCAUGAACAAGCUGGGCGACAUCAUGCCGCGAGCUGGAAUGGAGUAUCCCGAUCGUAACCAGGUGACGCAUGAGCAUCGCCGUGACAAGAUUAUCGCCACAGCCCUCCGAAAGGCUGGCUAUCCCCUGUCGAAGGAAGGACUCCGGGAUGCAUUCAUGCCCAUGUUCGAGCUGGCCACCCCGAUUCUGGCCGAGCGCCCGGGACCCGACAUUUUCCCCGACAUCUGGCUAUCUCUCCUCAUCGUGCAACAAGAUCUCGAUUGGGCAAAGCCCUUGUCCACCAUCACCUUCAUGGACCUCUUCGUUUCCCUGGUUAGAACCAGAAGCAUGUGGAAGAAGAACCAGCAGGAGCCCUUCUGGAGAACUUGGGAGUACGACCCCCUCGUCCGCGCCAUCAUCGACUUCCGAGUCGCGGUAGACGACUGUCCCAUCGACAAGCAGGAGGAGGAGGACGAGGACGAGGACUACCCGAAACCCAUCAAUUUGGAUGAGUCGUAUGACGACACUGCUGUCGAGUCCGCUUUCGAGGCCGCUUUCGGGACCGCUGUCGAGACCGCUGCCGAGACCACUGACAAGACUGCUGCCGAGACAGCCGACGAGACAGCUGGCGAUCCAAUGGACAUUGAUGGAUAG